AUGGCAGCGCUGCAAACCAUGAUGGAGGACUUGGUGUCAGGAGUCAUGAAGAACGAAAUGGUUGUGGCUGUACGAGCUCAAGCCACCAAGAUGAUGGAGGAUGCCACGCCCUUUCUAGUGCACUGGGCCGAGCAGACGCAGCAGGCAUCAGCGGAUGCUCUCGCAAUGGGGAAGAAGGCUGGGGCCGAGCAGUUUGGUUCCACGUCAGCUUGA